AUGCUGGGCGCCAAAAGCUUGGUACCAGCGGCAGCUGUGCUUUUGCUCUUGAAGCCUCAGACUGUGCUCGCUAUCCCUGAUAUGUGGUCAGCUUUCAAUACAACAGUAAAUGGUCGCUUACAAUACCAACUUCCCCUUGCACUGCCAUGCUUCAGCACAUAUAAUGGUCUCCCCAAUGUCUUCAACGAGGCACUUUGCUCACAGAUCCGCGAAAACUACACAUCGCCCUCUUUUCGAGUGGGGGUAGCUGGUGUGACGAUGAACUCGCAAAACGAUGCUUGUUUAUCCUAUCCGGAUGAUCAAUGCCUACUGGACAGCACUCUCAGUCCGGCGCCGAUACCAGCUUCAAAUAUAUCCUGUAAUCAAGGCAAUCUCGGUUCCUACGUCCUAGAAGUGCAAGAUGAGACGGACGUCAUCGCAGCGUUCGACCUGGCUCGUCAAUUCAGGCUCCCACUAUCAAUAAAGAACAGCGGACACGACUAUAUGACACGAAAUACGGCAAAAGGAUCGCUCACACUUUGGGUGCAUAACCUACAAAAUAUGACCUACCAUGAAACCUUCAACCCAAAGGGAUGCUCCGUGGAAGACACCGAUCAUGUUUACGGUACAGCUCUCACCAUCGGAACUGGCGUCAGCAGCGAUGACGCUACAAUUUUUGCGACCGCUCAUAAUUCCACCCUCCUAGUUGGUUCCUCGCCUACCGUUGCCGUGUCUGGCGGCUGGGUCCUCGGUGCGGGGCACAGUGUCUUGUCACCAGUCUAUGGCCUGGGCAUUGAUCGGGUGGUGCAGUUUACCGUCGUCACUCCGGACGGGACUCUUCGAACAGCAAAUGCUUGUCAGAACGAAGACCUCUUUUGGGCUCUGAGGGGUGGCGGCGGUGGGACGUUUGGAGUUGUACUCGACGCCACGCACCGUGUCGAACCUGUAAUGCCGAUCGCCAUUGCGGACAUGAAACUCCCCUCUAAUGCCUCAGAGGAUACCGCGCUGGAGUGGAUUGCUCUCCAAGCUCAGCAUGCGUUGUCUUUUGCGCGUCAAGGCUGGGGCGGCCAUGCAGCAGGAACAUAUAUGACGCAUGUGAACCCGAUGCGGAAGAUUGCCAACAUAAGCGAUGGGGGAGCUGCAGCGAAAAAGAGUAUGAAAGUCGCCGGUGACUUCAUUUUAUCGAAUGGAGGCACAAGUGUGGUUGAGAUACUGCCGUCGUGGAGCGAAGCAUGGCAAAAAUAUAUAAAACCUGCCGCCCGACCAGUCGGAAGCAUUCCGCUUUUGGGCGGUCGUCUCUGGCCUCAGUCUUUGUUUGAAACACAGGAAGGCGUCAAUACUACUCUAGACUACGUCAAAAGCGUGGUCCAGUUCGGUGCUAGCCCUUCAAGCGCUUAUAUUCCGGCGGAUAUGCCGUUCCUAGUUGAAGGAAGUAGCGCAGGUUAUGACACGAAUACCUCAACUCAUCCCGCCUUUUAUUCAGCCUUGUGGAUUCACGGCGGUCGUGCCUCAAUUGCGUGGAAUAGCUCAUAUAGCGAGCGCCUGGAUGCCGCGAUCAACUUGACAAGAUCAACAGAGUUGGCCGAGGAAGUUAUUGGACCGGAAGGAGGCGCGUAUGUUCAUGAGUCGAACAUGUUCACGAAGAACUGGCAAAGGUCGUACUGGGGAACAAAUUACGACCGCCUGCUGGAAAUUAAGCACAAGUACGACCCAGACCUGCUGCUCAACUGCUGGAAGUGCGUUGGAUUUCAGGAUGAGAAAGUUAGCAGUAUGGAAUUUCAUUGUCAAGGGAAAUUACAACUGGAGUUGGAAUCUACCUAG